AUGCAAAUCUUGAUACCCAAUUUCAAUCUCAAUUAUUUCAAGAAUACCCAAACUACCCCUACCAACAUCUCCCAUGUCGUAUUCGGUAUUACAGGUACUGUAAAAACUUGGCACACAAAGAAACACUAUAUCGAAUCAUGGUGGCGCCCAAAUGUAACCCGUGGCUUCCUCUUCCUAGAUGAAGCCCCUAUCGAACACCUCCCCUGGCCUCCCACUUCUCCGCCUGUACGUGUGUCCAGUGAUCAAAAAGGCGUGCCAUACACUAUCAGAAUGGCACGAGUGAUCCAGGAGACAUUUAAGGUGGAGAACAAAAAUAUAAGAUGGUAUGUGAUGGGAGAUGACGACACCAUUUUCUUUUUGGAGAAUUUGUUGAACGUGUUAAAGAAAUAUGAUCACGAGGGUUACUAUUAUAUAGGCACAAAUUCGGAAAGUAUCUUAUCUAAUACUUGGUUUUCGUUUGAUAUGGGUUUUGGUGGGGCCGGAUUUGCUUUGAGUUACCCUCUCGCCGAGGCUUUGGCUAAGAAUUUAGAUGUUUGUUUAAACAAAUAUCAAUAUCUUCAUACUAGUGACCAUAUUUUGCGAUCUUGUAUAGCUGAUUUCGGGGUUUCACUUACUCAAGAAAAGGGUUUUCAUCAGGUCUUCUUUCAGCACACCCACAAACUCCUUUGGUGUCCCUCCACCACCUUGAUGCCGUAG